UCAUCUUCAUCUUCAUCUUCAUGAUUCCAUUAUUCAGUUUUCUCUUUAUCUCUUUAUUUACCUUGAGCUGAAAUCGAGCGGAAGUUUAAUCUAAAUCAAAGUCAAUUUCCUCUCAUAUUUAACCCACUUUUCUGGUUAAUCUUGAGAAAUGGGUGAUCCCUGUUCAUCAUAAUGGUUAACAAGUAAUUCAAAUUCUCACUCCCAGUGUAAUAUUCAAAUACUCAACCCACACCUUAACCUCCCAUCCCAGUGUCUUUAUCUAUAGUACUCAGUGGUGAAUUCAAUCAAUUCAACUUGAAUUGGUUAAUCAUUUGGAUUAAUUAAUCAUGCAUAAUAGACGUGAAGGUCAACAUGAAAAUGGAGAUGAUGGUUCAGGAAUGAUGGGUGGUAAUGGAGGGGGAAAUGGUGAUCUAUCUAAUUACGAUUGGAAUGUAAUGAGUUUUAAUGGGAAUGGUGGUGAUUCCAAUGGGGGUGGUCAUCAAAUGUCCGCCGAGGAAAUGUCCAGGGCAAUCAAUUCAUCUCGUGCACAGCGGAUUCGUGCAGCAAUGUUUCCUGAGACUAUUGAUGAAGCCGGUGAAUUGUCCCUGGUCAAUGGGAGCAAUGGUCCAACCACCAAUGGUGGUAAUUUGAACAAUCAUCCAAACAAUGAUGCAAAUUCAAUUAAUAUAAAUAAUUUAACUCUUUCCAAUAAUAAUAAUAAUAAUAAUUCAACCAGUUCCGUGGUGGGUCGACUUGCGGAACCCGCUCAAAUGUUGAAACACGCAGUAACAAAUCUAAUCAAUUAUCGAGAUGACGCUGAAUUGGCCACUCGAGCUUUACCCGAGUUAAUGAAACUAUUGAACGAUGAGGAUUCUGUGGUGGUUGUUCAGGCUUCCAUGAUGGUCCAUCAACUGUCCAAAAAAGAGGCAUCUCGACACGCGUUAAUGAACUCACCUCAAAUGGUUUCCUCUCUUGUUCGAGCCAUGGCAUCAACAACCGAUAUCGAAGUGACCAAAAAUGCUGCUGGAAUUUUGCAAAAUUUAUCUCAACAUCGCCAAGGACUUUUGGCCAUCUUCAAAUCGGGUGGGAUUCCAGCUCUGGUCAAGUUACUAUCAUCGCCUAUUGAACAUGUUGUUUUUCAUGCGAUCACCACCCUACACAACUUACUCCUUCAUCAGGAGGGAUCCAAGAUGGCGGUUCGAUUGGCAGGAGGUUUGCAAAAAAUGGUCGCUCUUCUUAAUCGUAAUAAUGUUAAAUUUCUUACCCUGGUCACUGAUUGUCUUCAAAUUCUGGCUUAUGGUAAUCAAGAAGGUAAACUGAUUAUCCUUGCUUCCGGUGGCCCUCAACUAUUGGUCAAUAUAAUGACCACUUAUAAUUACGAGAAGUUACUUUGGACAACAUCUCGAGUGUUGAAAGUGCUUUCAGUUUGUUCAUCCAAUAAACCGGCUAUUGUACAAGCGGGUGGAAUCCAAGCCUUGGCGAUGCACCUCAACUCAGAGUCUAAUCGUCAUGUGUCCAACUGUUUGUGGACAUUACGAAAUUUAUCCGACGCGGCGACCAAAUUGGACGGGAUGGAAGGAUUGCUACAAAAUUUGGUCCACCUUUUAUCCACGAAUGACCCAGGUUAUGCUAUCACCGCAGCGGGAGUUUUAUCCAAUUUAACUUGUAAUAAUCCAGUGAAUAAGGCAAUAGUUUGUCAGGUGGGUGGAGUUGAGGCUCUGGUUCGAGCGGUCAUUCAAGCGGGUGAUUCGGAAGAAACCAUUGAACCCGCAGUUUGUGCGCUGAGACAUUUAACUAAUCGACAUUCUGGCGCUGAGGUUGCUCAAAACUCGGUUCGAAUCAAUUAUGGACUUCCAGCUAUCGUCAAAUUACUCAAUCCUCCUUCUCGAUGGCCACUGAUUAAAGCCGUGAUUGGAUUGAUCAGAAAUUUAGCCUUAAGUCCAGCUAAUCAUGGGCCAUUAAGGGAUCAAAAUGUAAUUCAAAGAUUGGUACAAUUGUUGUCCAAAGCGUUCACUGAGUCACAGAGACACAAAGCGAAUGUAGCUGCCGGUGGUGGUGUUGGGCCAGGAGGUGGCGGAGGCACAUCGGGAAAUGUGGCAGCAAACAAUUCACUUUACUCUGAUGGUGUUAAAAUGGACGAGAUUGUUGAGGGUUCGGUUGGUGCUCUUCAUGUUCUGGCCAAAGAUGCUCACAAUCGUGCUAUCAUCCGAAGCUUAAACAUCAUUCCGACAUUUGUUCAGCUAUUGUACAGUGAUAUUGAAAAUCUUCAACGAGUCGCUGUUGGUGUCCUUUGUGAGUUAGCCGGUGACAAGGAGGGAGCAGAAAUGAUUGAGGCCGAAGCAGCGACAGCACCUCUGACAGAAUUACUUCAUUCAAGGAACGACGGAGUAGCGACUUAUGCGGCCGCGGUUCUAUUCAGAAUGUCGGAAGAUAAACCAUCUGAUUACAAAAAGAGACUAUCGAUGGAAUUGACCUCAUCUCUAUUCAGGGAAGACGCAAGUAAUUGGGUCAAUGGACCAGGUGAAUUGGACAUGAAUCUGAUUGCCGUUGACGACGGUUUCUCAAGUCAUCUCUUUGCAGAGCCAACGGCGGGUUCAGCUUCAGUCCAUUCAACUUUAUCUCGAUCAAAUCAUUACACCACUGGAGGUGGACCAGUAGGUAAUUCUGGUGAUCUGAUGACCACUACAUUAACAAGAACAGGACAUUAUUCAACAAACCCAAACAUGGAGUCAACAGUUACUUUUGACCCAUUAAUGACCAAUGGUCAAUCUCAAUUACAAGGUAAUCAAGGGCCAGUGAUUAAUCCUUCAGGUCAAUCAUUGGAAAAUGCCUUGGCCGCUUGGUACGAUACAGAUCUGUAAGUGAUUCCCUUACAGAUCUGUAUUGAGCGAAUCAAUUUCUCAGAAACAGUUCAUCAUUUAAUAAUUAAACAAAUAAAUUAAUUGUCAUCAUCAUUUGCUAUAAUUACGCACCAAAAAAGAUACAAUAAACUUGAUUUCUUUUUCUUCA